AAUCCAAUUAAGUGUUUAAAGGCGAGACUCUAGGAAUAGCGCCAAUUACUGGGAAAAAAAAAGAAAAAGUUUCAGAUCUUCAGCGUGGUGCUGGUGGUAAUGGAGCAGAUGAAUGGAUGAUUGAGAACCAUGUAUGGUUCAUGUCACUGAUGCUUUACCUGCCAGAGCGGAGCUGCCUUCAGCGAGAGCACGUCAAAAAGGCAAUGCCAUGAUCACAAGGAUUAUUUUGGAUCCGUGGUGGGAGCGUUGAAGAUAACACAGAGGAUCAGACACAGGUUACAUGUUACCAGGAAUGUGUGCAGGAUGAGCAGCACAUUUGUCACAUUAGCUGAAGUACUGGAGGCACGAGGGGGACCUCUGCUGGAGGAGGAGGUCUGGUCCUUGCUGCUGGGCACUGCAGAAUCAUUAGUGGAUGUCUCCUAUACGGGUCACAACAAUAUGUGUAAUAUAAUAAGCCCCGCCUCCUUGCUGCUGUCAGCCACUGGUACCUUAGCAUUUAAGAACUGUGGCCUAUCAGAUGAAGUGUCCACCUUCACUGCUCCAGAGAUGCUGCAGGGCCGCGCCAGCUCAACCAAACCUGCCAUAGAGAGGAUGCUGGUGUACUCACUGGGUAUGACUCUCUACUGGUCAGUUGAUUUUCACCUACCUCAAAAUCAGCCAGUCCAGUUGAGCGACAGUUUAAACAGCCUCCUCCUCAGCAUGUGUGAAGACGUGGCCCAGCGCAGGGUCAAUCUCAUCGCCAUCCUGGAAGCCUGCGAGUCGCAGCAUAAAGCCUCCAUCAUGCCGCCGCCCACCAAAGUCAUCAGACAGCUGGUGGAGGAGGUUUUUCAUGAACCAAUGGACCAGGGCUCUUUGCCAGACAGUAACAUCCCUCUGAGUGGCAGGAGCCAGAUGAUCAGAGAGAGACUUCAUGGAAAGAGGGGGCCAUUUUCUGACUACAGUGAAGGGAGUGCUGAGGGGAGAAGAUACUCAACAGACUCUGACUCAAAGUCAGGGAGUUUACCUCAGAGACGUUGGAGACAAAGACCAAGGAGCUCUCCCGCACCACUAUACCAUUCGUCUUUAGACAGAAUCCCUCAUGGUGUGCGUCACAGGGACAGCACUUGCAGUUGGCUUGGAAGAAGCCCCCACCAUGACGUCUCUCCCAAAAUAUCAGGCAGAUCUCACAGUCCCUCCCUCACCAUGAGUGACUCUUCGCUCAGUCUGAGCCACAGGAAAGCCAAGGCUCUGGGUCCAGAGUUCAUCAAAAUGCCAGAUGAACAACAAACUGUUCUUGAGCUUCCAGGAUCUAUUGUGUCCAGAAAGGGCCGUUCAUGUUCGUCUCAAAGAGAAGUGGCCGUGGCGAUGCCAAACGGACAGUACGUGGUGGUUCGCUGUGACAUAAGGUCCAAGGGAAGAGACGUGUUUGACAUGGUGGUGGCUCAUGCAAACUUGGUGGAACACUUCUACUUUGGCCUUGCCUUCCUAGAUGAUGAUGAAUAUUUCUUUUUGGACCACGAAACAAAAAUCUCCAAAGUUGCGUCCGACAGCUGGAAAAAAGGGCAGAUAUCCUCCUUUUUGGUGCAUCUCCGAGUGAAAUUCUUUGUUGAUGAUAUUUCCUUCAUUUUGCACAAACUGACUCGACACCAGUACUACUUACAGCUGCGUAAGGAUAUCCUGGAGGACAGGCUUUACUGUAAUGAGGAGACAGGCUUGUUUCUUGCAGCCCUUGCUCUGCAGGCUGAGUUUGGGGAUUACAUGCCAGAGUUGUAUGGAAAGAAUUAUUACCAGCCAGAGCAUUAUGUGUCCAAGAGGAUGCUCGAGAAACUGGCGCUGCCUAAUGUCAAGGAAGAGCUGCCAAGACUGCAUGCAAGUCAUGCCCAGAUGCUGCCCGAAGAGGCAGAAAUAGAGUAUUUAAAGAUUGCCCAGCAGUUACCUGAGUAUGGGGUCAUGUUCCACCGUGUGGGGAGAGAGAAAAGAGUGGGAGAGUUGGUGUUGGGAGUCUGCGUCAAAGGAAUCAUCGUAUACGAGAUGAGGAACCACCUUCGGACUGUCACCAGACGUUUUAUGUGGAGGGAGACUGACUCCAUAUCCACAGGGCGGCGUAAACUUAUAAUAGAGUGUGGAGGGCCCAGUGGGAAAAAGCACAGUUUUCUAACGGAGAGCACAAAAAUAGCACAGUAUAUCCUCAACCUUUGCUCGGCGCAGCACAAGUUUCAUAGCGAGAUGACGUCACGACAACUGAACCACACCAUGAUACCAGAUGAAAACUUGAAGUACAUGUCUCUCUACCGGGCUCGCAACUUAAGCCUGAACCGCAUCUCCUGCUCAGAGGGCAUGUUGAACCAUGUUGGUCUGAAUCCAGGCCAACAAGGCCAACCAGACUCCAUCUCCAAGUCUUGUGAUGAUCUGACUGCCAAGCUGGAGGCUAGACUCCGCCAGCAGAGAGAGAUGAGGAGGGAGAUGAGCAGAGAGCUGAACAAAGAGCCCCCGGAAACAGGAGACCUCAGGGACAUGAAAGAUCAACAGUCCUGGAGCACUUCAGAGCCGAUUCCCAGGAUGAUGUCCAGUGUCUCUCUACAGAAGCAGGACUCGGAUGCCUCAUCCUCCAUACGAGUUGAUACACCAACCAGGACCCCCCCAGAGAGGGAGAUUGUCUGUGUGACACUGAAAAAAGAUCCCAAACUGGGCUUUGGCUUUGUGAUCGUAGGAGAGGACAAUACAGGCAAACUUGACCUUGGGAUCUUCAUUGCCUCUGUUGUGCCUGAUGGGCCUGCGGACAGAGAUGGACGAAUCAGACCAGGUGGUCGUCUCAUCUCCCUGAACAAGACUAGUUUGGAAGGAGUGACGUUCAGUGACGCUGCUGCCAUUUUGCAGAGCAGCCCAGAAGAAGUGGAGCUCAUCGUGUCACAGCCUAAACAGUCUCUGAAGGAGAGUAAAAGUACCUUGAGUCAAAGCACCGUGGGCUUGGCACUGGAGCGGAGCUUCGGGUCACAGACGACGCUGAGCGGCACAGAGUAUCGUCCCGCCAUGGAGGAACUGGAGGAGGCCAUCACCCUGUCCAGUAUGGCGAUGCCAAAGCAUGGCAGGAAGCUUCACAUUCCUGUUGUGAGAAUACAUGAUGCCCAGGAUGUGUGUUCCAGGUCCCCCUCUAUCUUAAGUUUAAGAAAUGGCGAGCGUUUUAUCGUGGAGCUGAAGAAAAGCAGUGGUAGUCUUGGCAUCAGUGUGGCUGGAGGAAAGAACACCAACGUGCGAUAUGGAGGCAUCUACAUCAAGAGUCUGGUGCCAGGAGGCGCUGCAGAGCAGGAUGGGCGGAUUCAGAUUGGUGACAGACUGCUGGAGGUUGACGGGUCCAACCUGAGGGGUGUGACUCACAAACAAGCUAUCGAGUGCCUGAGGAGGACUGGGGAGGUGGUGAGUCUGCUGUUGGAAAGGGAGCCCACAGUAGUCUUGGAGGUCAGACCUGACUCACCCUGCCCCCAAUUAGCCCGCAGUCCGUCACACACACAGCCCCCCAGGACCGAGGUCUCCGUGGAAACGACCUUGUCUGGUCGAGCCAAGGACUACAGCUUUGUGACUGAUGAAAACACACAUGAGGUCGUACUGAAGAAGAAUUUGUCCGGCCUUGGCUUCAGCUUUUACAUCUCACAGCUGCGUUCAGGGCCGGACCAAGGCACCGUGGUCCGCAUCAAACGUCUGUUCCCAGGUCAGCCGGCACUGGACAGUGGCCUCCUGCGACAGGGAGAUGUCAUUCUGUCUGUCAACAGAGAGCCCGUAAAGGACUUGUCUUACCAGAGGGUUUUGUUCCUGUUACGUGGAGCUCCUUCUGAAGUUCAUCUGCUCGUAUGCCGACCAAGUCCGGGAACACUAUGUGAAGUGGAUGACAACACACUGAAUCCUGCUCCCUUUCGCGAGGUUCGAUCCCAAUCGCUGGACAUCCGACUUGGAGAGGACUACACCCAGUUUCUCAAGUUUCAUUAUGAUGUUAACAUACCUGCUGUGAGGCCAACCCCGAGUCAAGGGGAAGAUCUGACCAUCACAGCAGAAAAUCAUGCCGCUCCAACACUUUUGGAGAACCGGGAGCGUCUGGAUAGUAAAGGGCAGGUCAACCAGACUCCGCCGUCUCCUCCACGCUUACCACCCUCACCCGCGUCACCGACAUCCCCUCCGUCACCUGUCUCACCAGCAUCACCUGCCUCGCCUGCAUCGCCCACUUCGCCCGUGUCACAUACCUCUGGAUCGCCACCAACACAAACAGAGUCACAAACAACUGCACGAAAUCCAGAGGAACAAGUGGGAGUAGAAGCAAAGGAGAAGAGGAAGGAUGAUGAGGAAGAGGAGGUUGCAACAACAUCGAGUUCAACUGUGAUGCUAAUGGAUAUCUGUCCUAAGACUGCGUCAAACUCUUUGUACACCAGCGGUGUCAGGGAGGAGGCAGAUGGAAGCGUGACCUACUGCCUCAUGGGAAAUGGGCUGACUAUCAUGGCGGAUGAAGAGUACCUGACCAUCAGCUCCACCCUGGAGCCUCCUCACAGCCUUCCCUCUAGUCACAGCACUCCAACAAGCAACCUCACAGUCCUCAGCUCUCAGACCUCCAGUGGCUCGUCUAGUUUAGGCUGUCAGAAUCCAAACCCUGGCCCCCACGUUCCCGCUACUACCAUCCCACCCACUGCCCUCUCUUCCGACACCGUGACACCCUUUUUCCUCGCCCACCCAUCUCAGCCGCUCACAACACAGCCGCCGAAAGCCAAGCAUCAUCCGAUCCAGCAGGGGCUCCUUCCGAGUCACUACAAAGCUAUGUCCGAGAACAGCCGGCCUGUGGCACCUCCUCCCCAGCCUCCCGCUGUACCACUGACCCCCAUCACUGCCCAGAUCAUGUCCUUUGCGCCUCCUCGUGCCAGUCCUCCUCUGCUGUCAACCACAGUGCUCGCCCCUCCUGCUCAGAGCCACAUACAGAUGAGGGAAGAGCCGGUGAAGAAAGAAAGGGAAUACAAGGACGAUUAUGAUGAUGAUGACCUGGAUGAAGAAGAGGAAGAGAGUCGAAGAAAGGGAUUGGUAAAAGAGUUUGAACUGCAAGUGUUUCUGACCAAGUCCAGGAGCGGAAGCUUCGGGUUCACCAUUACUCGCAGCAAACUGGACAACUGCUACUACAUCCAGGAAAUCCUGGACAACCCAGCCAGGGCAGAUGGACGACUCAGGGCAGGAGACAGACUCAUCACUGUAAAUGGUCAUAAUGUCACCAGUGUGGCAGACGAUGUUGCCAUGACGAUUCUCAGGUCAUCGCCAAGAAAACUGAGUAUGACCAUCGGGAGGGCGGUUGGUAACUUGGUUGCCCCACCACCCUGCGACAGCCUGCCUGACAUUGUCCUGUACAAGACGCCCUCAGGACAGCUCGGUAUAAAACUGACAGGUGGCAUUGGCAGCAAAUGGCAGGGCAUCUACUGUCUGGCGGUGGUGCCGGGUUCCCCAGCCAGCGAGGAGGGGAGCGUCCAACCGAAAGACAAGAUCCUCUACAUCUGUGGCAGGUGCACGCUGGGUAUGACUCUAGAGGACGCAGUCAAAGCCUGCGAGAACGCCCCUCGCAAAGUUAAACUCAAGAUUAUCAGAGACGAGCAGCCAGUGACGUCAAAGGCCAAGUGGAAUGGCCUGUUCGACUGGAAAAAGGACAAGAGGUCCUUUGCUCGAUUUGAUGAAACGGUGUCUCCAGAGAAAGACUCUCCGACUGAAGAGGCUGAGGCUGUGUGUAGGACUGCUAGUCAAUUCAGAUGUCUCUCUCUCAGCCAAGAACAAGAUAGUUGCAUCAUGCAAGUGGAGUUCACGAAACCAGAAGGAGGAGGCCUUGGCUUUGCCUUGGUUGGUGGAACCAAUGGCAGCAUGCUCAGAGUGAAAGAAAUCUGCUCUGGUGGAGUAGCCGAGCAGGACGGUCGACUGAGAGUGGGAGAUAUUUUAUUAGAGGUGAACGGUGUGAUUGUUUCCGGCCUGAGCUACAGCAAGGUGGUGGACAUCCUGCGUAAAGCUGAGGGCACUGUGCAGCUCACCAUUUGCAGAGACAUCCUGCCCCUGAUUUACUCUGAAUCACCCACACCGCCCAACAUGUCCGCACAGACUGAAGCCAUUUUAGCUGAGCAGCCGGCCCCUGAUACCUGUCCCUCACCUGAUGUCGUCCUGAAUAGACCAGCUGAGCAUCACACCGAGGUCAUUCCAGACCCUGCAGUUAAAGAAACAGGUGUUGUCCUAACUUCACCACCACCUACUCCACGACGACUGACUGUUGUAACUGAUGAGACUGAAAUCAGACAGGACAGUUGUAACAGCACCCCUUCUCAUCAAGCUUGCUGCCCAUCACUCAGUGUCACUGAUAUGUUGCAUGGAGCUUCCGACAGGAAACAAAUUGUGACAAAGCUUUUGGACCAGUCCUGCAAAGAAAUCCGAAAAAUCCAGUCCGACGGCUGGAGCAGCGAAGAGGAAGAUGAUGUGUUUGACACCGCCCAACAGGAGAUGACCUCCCCCCAGACAGGCCCACCUAUAGUAUCUGAGGAGGAACUGGCCGCUUUAGCUCUCAUUAGCCCGGCUAGGACCAGUCAGUAUUCUGGGACCAGGGUCAAAGCUCUAAUCCAGAUUCUGCAGCAUCAAGUGGACCAGCAGGAACUGGUCAAAGAGUUCAUGGCUCUGGGACAUAUGAAGCCCUCGGACAACUGUCUGGUGGGAAAAGCCCCUGAAAACCGAGAUAAGAAUCGCUACAGAGACAUCUUACCCUAUGAUAAAACACGUGUUGCCAUUGGAGAGAACCAGGACUACAUCAAUGCCAGCUACAUCCGCAUGAAAGUUGGUGAGAAAGAGUUCUUCUACGUCUCCUGCCAGGGCCCGCUGCCCUGCACAGUGUCAGCCUUUUGGCAGAUGGUCUGGGAGAACAAAUCGGACGUCAUCGCCAUGAUGACCCAGGAAGUGGAACGGGGCAGAGUCAAGUGUCACAAGUACUGGCCAGAGAAGCUGAGUGUGCCCCUGCACACAGACCGUUACCAGAUUCACCUGGAGAACCAACAGUACCUGGAGUACUUCCACAUUAAGGUCAUCCGCAUGGUGGAGACAGAGACCAGUGAGACCCAUUUUGUUCGUCACCUGAAGUUCACACGCUGGCCUGACCACGGUGUGCCGCAAUGCUCCGAGCAGCUGGUGCGCUUUAUCCGCUACAUGAGGGCAGUACACCACCACAAAGGGCCGGUGACCGUCCACUGCAGUGCCGGCAUCGGACGCACAGGAGUUCUUAUCUGCACUGACGUUAUUCUUACUCUCAUUGAAAACGACUUACCAAUCAAUGUGAGCGACAUUGUGAAAGAGAUGAGACUUCAGCGACACGGAAUGAUUCAGACCAAGGAACAAUACCUCUUCUGCUACAAAGUCUGGUUGGAGGUUUUACAGGGCAUUUUACAGCUUCACGGCACACAAUGGCAACCGGAAAGUCCCCGAGACCACAAAGUAGUUUGAAUGUUUCCACUUUUACUUCACCUGCCUGUUAAAGCACAGACUAAAGAUGUGUAACAGUCAAACGCACCAUUGACAGGUGACAACUCUCCUUUACUCAGUUUAGUUUAGCGGUAAUAUGAAACGUGUACUUCACUGUUUUGAUACUUUGUGUUGAGGCCUCUUGGUGAGUGACAGUGACAUCAGCAUUGGUUUUAUGCUCUUUUAUGUUCCCUCUGUGCUGUGAUUAUAUCAGUUUAAUUUAGAUCGCUGAUGUUUUCAGGCCUAGUGUUUUGCCUUCUGUCUCUAGCAUGUUUUUAUUUCAUAUUUGUGUGAACGCGUCCUAUUUAUUUUUCCCCCUGAGCACCUUCACGUUGCAUAUCACAUUUAUUUUUACCAUUCACGGUGCAUGGAUUUAAAAAAAAAUAAAAAAAAUCUUUUAACAGCAGUGGUUAAACAGAAGUUUAAGAUCGUCAAACCAGAGUUAGUAUAUGUUUGAAACUUUCAUGAGUAGCAUUUGAUUGAGCAUUGCGUCAUCACUUCAUUAAGUGCAUUUCAACCCUGGAGAAAAGGGCAUUAGCUAAAUAACAGGAUUGAUUUUUGCAGUUUAUCGUGGAAAAGAAAAGAAUCAAGUGCCUUGGAAUGACUUUAUUGCUCCAAACUGACCCUGACUGUCCAUUUGAUACAAGUAGUCGGGGACAGAGAGCAACAAACUGAUUUGAGAGGACGUCACGAUGGUUAGAUGAAUGUGCAGCUGUCAGUUUGUGAUGCAAGGUGGAUUUUUUGGUUGAUCCAAACUUGAGGAGGGUAACAUCUCACCUUUUAGUUAGUCAAAUUGUAUCUUUGGAACAAUGUGAAAUUUGCACCGCCUUUCAAUAGUUCUUUUUUUUUUUUUCUUUUUGGAGAGCCCAUUUUAUACAAAACAGUGUCACGAUGAAAGUCUUACUACAAGUACACACAAUCACAACUUGCACAUCCUUACACAGGUAAAGAAUGAUUCCACAUAACACAUUUUUAAAUAAAUUAAUAAAUAAUCGAUUAAAUAUUUUCUAAAAAAAAAAAUAAAAAUAUCGAAAAGGCUUAACGCCUUUGGUAAAAUGUACAAACUGAUUUCAAUGUACAUUACUUGCUGGGCUUCGGGUGUAAUUUGUUAUGUGACUGCAUCCUUUAUCUGUAUUCCAUAGCUGUUUUAAUACAAUCUCAGCCAAAAAUGCAAAAAAAACAAAAAACAUUGCAAGGUUUACAGACUUUCUUUCCAUUUUGCCUCUGUAGAGGUCUAUGAUGUACAAAGCAACAGAGCUGCAUCUGCAAGUCACAGAUCAAAGACAAUUGUGAGGUGGUUUGAACUUCAACCUCUGGAUGUAAAUGCUUGUAAGCUUUGUUUUUGUUAGCUGCUAUCUCUCUCUCUCUCUCACACACACACACACACACACACACCAGCUCUCUUAUUGCAUGUAGACUCUUUGAACACAGACGUCUGAGCCUGGAGUCUUGAUUGCUGAAUGUCUUGAACAUGAUGAAAAUUUGGAAUGUAGCAAAGCAAUGCUGUCCAUGAGGAGGAGGAGGAGGAGGAGGGGAAGGCAUUAGAAUGUCAACGUCUUACCUGAAAACAUCUUCCUAAGUAUUCGGGUAGGACAUUUGCAGUACUGUACCUUUGCCAUGUGGAUGGUCACGCAGAGCCAUCAGCCUCUGUACUGUGUAUGCAAUAUCUUUCCACUCAGUGCUGGUUGGUUGGUUACUUACAAGUUCAUGUUCUCUCGAUGAUUAUUCUUUCAAGAACGAGAAAAAAAAAGAAGCGCAUUUUGCAUUCAUCUGUAGAAAAUGCACCUUGUACAGUAAAGCAAGUGCUUAUGCAGUAGCAUUGUGAAGAAAAAGAAAAAAAUGUAAUAACCCUUAAUUGCACAACAGCUUAUUUACGCUAAAUGAAUAUCUUGUCACUGUACCAGCCACUACUGUAUGUAACAGAUAAGUGAGAACAAUGUAAUACCUCUCUCUUUAAUUAAAAACUAUUCUGAAACCUGUUUGUGUUUU